AUGAUCAUCGAAGCUUCACCUUUGAUGGAUGUUCGGGAGGCUGGCUGGAGGCUGGCACAGCUCCCGGGCUGGCGACGUUUCAACAGCGGCAAGGAGUUGUCGGCUUCAAGUGCUUCGUCAAGCAAUCGGCUUGUGAGGAAUGUAGGCAGCAUUUCUGAAGAGAAGCAGCCAAAACAACGUGCCCGAGCUACUGCUGGCGAAGAGGCUGCGUUUGCUGUUUGUUGUUGUUACCGGUGCGGUUCUACUCGGCAUCUGAGGAAGCAGUGUCCGGAGGAGGUCGUGCCUGAGAGUCCAAAACAGCGCAAGCAGCAGAAGAAGUUUGCAAAGAAGAAGCAGACGGCACAACUUGUGAUGACCGUGGUCAAGUGUUCUGAUGAGCGGCGAAACACCUGGAUUAUCGAUUCAGGGAGUUCCCGCCAUAUUGUUGUUUCAGAGGUGUUUUUUGCCAAGAAGGUUGCUACACCAUGGAGCCAGGUGGCGUUGGCUGGCGGGAGGAAAUCUGACAUGGAGUCCGGUGGCUCUGUGCUUGUCUCCUGUCUAUGCACGUUUUGUGUGUUCCUUUGCUGA